CCCCAUAACCGACCCCAUAACCAACCCCAUACCUGACCGCAUAACCCUCUGACCCUAUAACCGACCCUAUAACUCCAUACCUGACCCCAUAACCGACCCCAUAACCCUCUGACCCUAUAACCGACCCCAUAACUCUGACCCCAUUGCAGCGCCCCGACCCUACAAAGGAAUGUUGGACUACGACCCCAUAAACGAACCCCUCCUCAUCCGGACCCUCAUCACAGAGCUUGACCCUACCAAGAUGGCCGCCGCGCUGCCCUGCCUCCCCGCCUACAUCCUCUUCCUGUGCAUCCGGCGCGCCGAUGACGUCAACGACGCGCGACGCCUGCAGUCCCUGCUGGGAGCCGCCAUCAACGCCAUCAAAGCCGUCCUGCAGGUGAGCGCAAAGACCCCAUAAGGACCCCAUAAAAACCCCAUAGAG